AUGUCUGCCUCUGAGGCUACAAUGUAUGGAAACCAAUCCAUCUGCACCAAAUUCACUUUUGUGGCUUUUUCCUCCCUUGCAGAGUUACAGCCUGUACUGUUUGUUGUGUUCUUAAUCAUCUAUUUGUUUACUGUGGGAGGUAACCUCAUCAUUAUCUGCCUGAUUUGGAUGACCCCUUCUCUACACACUCCCAUGUAUUUCUUCCUGGUUAACCUCUCCUUUCUUGAGAUGUGUUAUAUCACUAGUGUGGUACCUCAGAUGUUGGUGCACCUGCUGGUGAAGAACAAGACCAUAAGUGUGGGAGGUUGUGCAGCUCAGAUGUACAUAUUUGCAAUCUUGGGCCUAACCGAAUGCUGCCUGCUAGCUGCUAUGGCUUAUGAUCGCUUUGUAGCUAUUUGUUAUCCACUGCAUUACACUAUCCUGAUGAAUCCUCGCGUAUGUUUGAAGUUGGCUGCAACAUCUUGGUUUAUUGGAAUAGUUGUGGAGUCAUGCCAGAUCACGUGGGUCUUCACUUUGCCCUUCUGCGGAACAGGGACAAUUCAGCACUUUUUUUGUGACAUAAUGCCUGUAGUAAAGCUGGCUUGUGUUGAUACUUCUCACAAUGAGAUUGUGAUGUUUUUUAUCUCUGUGCUUUUCAUCAUGAGUCCAUGUUUUCUCAUUCUGUGCUCCUAUGUGCGUAUUCUUGCCAACAUCUUGAAAAUUCCUUCAGCAGCUGGCAAACGCAAAGCUUUCUCCACUUGUUCUUCUCAUAUCCUGGUUGUUUCUCUAUUCUAUGGCACUGCCUUAUUCACCUAUUUACAACCCAAAACUGCCCACACUCCAGAAACAGACAAAGCAACUGCACUCAUGUACACAGUAGUCACACCUGCUCUGAAUCCUAUUAUCUACACAUUGAGGAACAAAGAAGUAAAGGAAGCCUUUCGCAGAAUAACACAGAGAAAUCCUCUUAGACAAGCAGCCUAA